CAGUUGACUGUGAUGGAUGCGGAGCUCUUCCGGAAGGUGGUGCCCUCUCAUUGCCUGGGCUCCACCUGGGGCAAGAGGAACAAGCCCGGCAAUGAGCACCUGGCACCCACCGUCCAGGCCACCGUCGACCACUUCAGAAGGGUGGUCAGCCUCGUCGUCACCACCUGCCUCGGGGACCCGAGCAUGACGGCCCAGGACAGGGCGAGGGUGGUGGAGCACUGGAUCCAGGUGGCCCAGGAGUGCAAGAUCCUGAAGAACUUCUCCUCGCCCUGCACUGUCAUCUCUGUUCUGCAGAAAACAUCCAUAUGCCACCUGAAGAACACAUGGGGGAAGUUUCCUGGAGGGGCCUUCCACGUUUGCCCCCCGGAAAUCAACCCCCAGAGGGUGCAGGAGAAGGAGCAGCAGCAGCAGCAGCUACAGCCUGUCCUGCCUGCUGGAUCCCCAGAUCUAGUUGGCCAGCAGAAUAUUCAAGGCCAAGAAGAGCCGGCCAUCAUCAAGUUCAGGGCCCCCAGGCCCCAAUACCGAGCCCCAUACCAGUGGCCGAUCACAGCAUCAUCCUCAGUAGCCGGGACACAGCUGGGAAGCUUGCGAUGCACCGGGCCAGCUCCUCCCACCUGACAGGAAGGGGAGCAUCGUAAGCUGAUUCCUGGAGUCCCCUGUAGCCCAAGAGAGAGAGGACGACCCCAUCUCAGCUCCCUGACAUCCCCCAGCAUCUAUGAACCCAUUGGGGAGGGACAGUAGUUAUUUGUUGUAAAUAAUAAAUGCCAUGUUUGAAUAUUAUAUUAAAGUCCUGUUCCCUUUA